GGGGGAGCGCGCGCUGUCAUGGAACGAAAGUGUGGGAUGAGCUAAUAUUUUUUGCUGAUAAUGUUUUAGCCCCUGAGCAUUUUGGGGAGAAGGAGACAAUACCACGCGCAUUGAACAAUAUUGGAGAAUGACCUAUUUUCAACGGCCAAUAAAUCAACCUUGUUGUCAAGAAUCCACGGUGCACCGACUGACGGGUGCACAUGGGGACAUAUAAAAGGGCUGUCGGCGGCUUUUGAAGAUGCCAACUGGCAUCGGCUUGAGAAAUAGUGGUAUAUUUAGAAUAAACGUAUAGCCUAGGCUGUAGUCUCACUUGCCUGCCUAUAUAAGAAUGGGAAGUUUGUGUAAUUUAGAAUAAACGUAUAGCCUAGGCUGUAGUCUCACUUGCCUGCCUAUAUAAGAAUGGGAAGAUUGUGUAAUUUAAUUUGAUUACACUAUAGCAGCAUUCUCUCGCCACAGGACACAAUUCCCACGUGCGGUUUUCAUAAUCCAACAUCUGAGUAGUGUUUUCCCUGCGGCUCCCAGGGAGCGGGGACUGAGCUCACACAUUCACACAUGCGAGCUGUUCGCUCCGCGCCUCGGCUAUUUGAAAUGAGGACGGCAACCCGACCCUUUGCUGUUUGAAACUGUAGGCCUACUCGGGUGAUUUCUGCGGUCCGAACCAUCUGUGGCACGGCGCUGAGUGGGACGCUAUCUGCAGUGAUAGGGAGGAGGACGAGCCUGCUGUCCGCUAUACCCCAGCCUGUUCCCCGCGUACGGUACAGACAUGGAGCCUCUACCGGAGCAGAACUGCACCAUGUCAAAAAAGAGAGCUAUAGCUAAAAUCUUCAAAGUUCGCAAGAGGAGACAGAUGCUUUUCGUUCAAGUCUGUUUUAUCUGCAGUAUUCUAUGUUUGGCAUGGUGCAUGUCCGCCCUGCUCACAAAAACAGGACAUGGUCUGGUCCUGGAGCAGGGGCUGGCUGACACAUCUGACCGUCUGGGACGCAGGCUGAUGGCCUUGGACGGGGAUAAUAACACACUGGAUAAGAAUUGCACAGAGCCAGCCAUCAAUGAGUUCCCUGAGGAUAUCUUCACCACCUACCAACGCACAAGAGGAGCUGUGCUGCUGCACAUAUUUGCGGCCCUGUACAUGUUUCUGGCCUUGGCAAUCGUCUGCGAUGACUACUUUGUGAUGUCGUUGGAGAAGAUCUGUGAGAAACUGGACCUGAGUGAAGAUGUGGCAGGAGCUACGUUCAUGGCUGCUGGCAGCUCAGCACCAGAGCUGUUCGCCUCGAUUAUAGGUGUGUUUAUCACUCAUGGAGAUGUGGGUGUUGGAACCAUAGUGGGCUCAGCAGUAUUCAACAUUCUAUGCAUCAUCGGUGUGUGUGGAAUCUUCGCUGGGCAGGUGGUGUACCUGACUAAGUUUGCAGUGUUCCGUGACUCGUUCUACUACACUCUGUCUGUGUUGGCAUUGAUUGCAUUCAUCUAUGAUGAGAAGAUAGUGUGGUGGGAGAGCUUAGUGCUGGUAGUGAUGUACUUUGGGUACAUUCUGAUCAUGAAAUUUAACACCAGCAUCCAAAACUAUUUCUCAGGGAAGGAAGACAAGAGCUUGGCCAACGGUAACACGGUGAUCAGCAGCGAACUGGAGGAUGUGAAGCCCACUAAGAGGUACAGUCGUAGCUCUGUGGUGAUGGUAGAUGAGAUUAUCAACUCCAGCCCUCCUAACUACCGUUUCCCCGAUGCCGGCCUGCGCAUCAUGAUCACCAACCACUUUGGCCCCAAGACACGCCUCCGCAUGGCUAGCCGCCUCAUCAUCAAUGAGCAACAGAGGUUGGUGCAGGCAUCUAACGGUGUGGACAACGUGACCAUGGUGAUCACAGAUGGUAAACCUGAGACCUUGGAGAACGGCACUGUACCAGAGGAAAAGACUGUUGAGGAAGAGGAGGGAGAAUCCCUGAAUUCACCCUUCACCGUCCCUGGGGGCUGCAGGGAGACAGUGAAGUGGCUGAUCUCCUGGCCCAUCCUGCUGCUACUCUACUUCACUGUGCCAAACUGUGCCAAGCCUCGCUGGGAACGCUUCUUCAUGCUCUCCUUCUUCCUCUCCACCGUGUGGAUCGCCAUCUUCUCCUACUUCAUGGUCUGGAUGGUCACCAUAAUUGGCUACACUCUGGGCAUCCCUGAUGUGAUUAUGGGAAUCACCUUCCUGGCAGCAGGCACCAGUGUCCCCGACUGUAUUGCUAGCCUGAUCGUUGCUCGACAAGGUCUUGGGGAUAUGGCGGUUUCCAACACCAUUGGUAGUAAUGUCUUUGAUAUCUUGGUGGGACUGGGGCUCCCCUGGGCGAUACAGACCAUGGCUGUGGACUAUGGUUCUGAGGUGAUGAUCAAUAGCAGAGGGCUGGUCUACUCUGUGGUGCUUCUUCUGGGCUCUGUGUUUCUGACAGUUCUGGGGAUCCAUGUGAAUCAUUGGAAGUUGGACCUGAAGCUGGGUGUGUACGUGCUGGUGAUGUACGUCAUCUUCCUGUGUUUCUCCAUCAUGAUCGAAUACAACGUGUUCACCUUCGUCAAUCUGCCAAUGUGUCUGGAGCAGCUGUAGGAUGGCCUACACCACCAGACAGGUGUCCCUGCUGAAUUAUAGACUCACAUAGCCCUCUGAAUCUAAACUUAGCCACUAACUACUCAAUCAUUUCUAUCCUGAAAUCCCCCCCCCCCUCACACACACAGACAUACACUCCUUUUAACACCCCUUUUUCAUUCCAGACGUAAAUGUCUGCCCUCGCUAUAUCCCUUUUCCAUUCCUUCACUAUCUAUCAACAAUAUAGAGAGGUAGGCUAGUGGUUAGAGUGGUGGACUAGUAACCGGAAGGUUGCAAGUUCAAACCCCCGAGCUGACAAGGUACAAAUCUGCCGUUCUGCCCCUGAACAGGCAGUUAACUCACUGUUCCUAGGCCGUCAUUGAAAAUAAGAAUUUGUUCUUAACUGACUUGCCUAGUUAAAUAAAGGUUAAAAAAGAUACAUACAUUCAUUCACAAUAUCUUCAGUUCCCCAAACACUCCCCCUACAUGUUUUUCUGCUGUCAAUGAGAAGAGGAGAUACCAACAGUACCGUAUGGAUUCUCCUUACUGACCCAGAGGAACCGAAGGCUACUCUUUGUCUUUCCCUCCAGAACCCAACUCACUGUCCAAAGGAGAGAUACACAGAACCCAUCUAGCUGAAACCCUCCUAGUCUUCACAACAUAACCCAGGACCACCAUUACACUUCCUAUACUUCCGUCCUCCUCUGUUUGUAUCUCAUCCGGUCUCAAUAAAUAUUUUUGGGGUCAGGCAGCUCACCGGCCUCCAUCCCUACUAAAGAAAAGGACCCAAGCAUUUAUGAAAUCUUCAUUUAUUGCCAUUUUGAUUUAUUCUAUUAUCUUCUUCCUUUGGAAGUAAAACAAACAUACAUUUCAUGAACAUGCACUUUAGAUGUUGCGCGUGAAAAGAAGUAGAGUAUAUAUAUGACAUAAUAUAUUAUAUUUUUCAGUGUUGCACUUCCUUUGUGUGGUUCAAUAAGGAGAGAGAGGGGGAGGCAGCAUGUGCCAAAUCCUAUCUCUCUUUCGCUGGCAGAAAGAGGGGAGUCCAGGGGAGAACCUGUCAUUCUUCUGUUUCUGGACACUCCAACUGCAAGGAACUGCUGACCAAGACAUUGAUACGCCGUUUCCUGUGUUUGAGUGUAAGUGAAAGUAGGUGAGACAUUGCAAGGAAGGGAGGAGAGUCUCCUCUAUUAGUAUUCAACACCACUGUGGAGAGGAGAACACAUCUUGGAAGACUAUGCCCCAUUGGUGCUUGGUGGAUGCUGAUUUAACACAAAGCUCAAGUGUUCCCGAGAGAACAGGACUUGGGCCCAGCUGUUUUGGCUGAGGAAAAGCAUGGAUUUAUUUUGGCGUGUUGAUUGUUGUUCAUGUUGAUUUGUUUUGAUUGCUUAAUUGUGUGUUUGAUAUCUUCAGCUCCUUCAGCUUGUGUUCUGUCUGAGGCCCGAUCCAUCAGAUACAAUACAGACCCAUUCAGUUUCCUCACCUCCCUGUGCUCCAGCCUGUCCGUCUCGGCGAGCUGAAGAGCUGCUGCUGAUGAUGGGGAUCUGUGCUUCACAAUGGUACACUUAUUUGUGUUGUGUGUUUGUUUAUAUGUAAAUACGACCUGUCAUGCACAAGCUGAGGUUCUCUCGGUGUGAACCCAGUGCUACCUUAAUUCUGCCAGUCGGGCAUGGAGGGGCAAGUGGGAUGCAGUUCCUGUGUAGAUAUUUUAAACUGCUUCUGUCUUUCCCCUACCCUGCUCCAAAUACUUCUCUUCCUCCUCCUCACUUCUUUUUCUCAUCCUGGCUCUCUCUCAUUGUGAUUUUGUCUUCUCUAAAUGCACAAUGGGACAUUUAUUUACUUCUCCUGCGGAGCAGAAGCUUAGCGUGAUGGGAUCACUACCCUGUCCGUCCGUCAACCUCCAAAUAUUGGCAGCUACGAGUUGAGUUGCCCUCCGCCCAUCUGACUGACCUUGUUAAGGGUCGUGUUCAUCAGGGCACACAAUGGAAAACACCUUAAACCGAAAAAGUGUUUCUUAUUGUUUCAGUCCGUUUUCUUCCGUUUGGUACCUAAUGAACACAACCCAGUUCAGGGGUCACUAUGGGAGCAGAGGGUGGCAUCUGUGUCAGUGUCAGUCAUGACUGGGUGUUUCAGUGUUGAAAGGUUCUGUCACUGUUGUCUGUGUUAAAAGGCAGACAUUGGAUGGAGUGUGUGGUAUAUACACUCAGUGGCUAGUUUAUUAGGUACACCAAUGGUUAGCUCCUACGCACAGUCACUUGGCCAUGGCUUGUUAUAUAAAACAGGCAGACAGGCAUUCAGUUACUGUUCGAUUGAACGUUAAAAUGGUCAUAACUAGUGACCUAAGCGACUUUGAGCAUGGUUCGAUUGUCGGUGUCAAGUGCGCCGGUUCUGGUAUCUCAGAAACGACCAGCCUCCUGGGCUUUUCACGCACGACAGUCUAGUGUUUACCGAGAAUGGUGUGACAAACAAAAAACAUCCAGUCAGCAUCAGUCCUGUGGGCAAAAACAGCUCGUUGAUGAGAAGUUGAAGGAGAAUGGCAAGAAUCGUGCAAGCUAACAGGUGGGCCACAAACAGACAAAUAACGGCACAGUUCAACAGUGGUGUGCAGAACGGCAUCUCGAAUCACACAACUCUUUGGUCCUUGUCACGGAUGGGCUAUUGUAGAGACAACCUCACUGGGUUCUACUCUUAUCAGCUAAAAACAAGAAGUGGCUCCAGUGGGCACGCGAACACCAACACUGGACAACUGAGGAGUGGAAAAACAUCACCUGGUCUGACAAAUCCCGGUUCCUGUUGCAUCAUUCUGUUGGCAGAGUCAGGAUUGGAUAUAAGAAGCAUGAGUCCAUGGACUCAUCCUGCCUGUUGUCAGCGGUACAGGCUGGUGGAGGUGGUGUAAUGGUGUGGGGAAUGUUUUCCUGACACACGUUAGGUCCCUUGAUACCAAUUGAGCAAUGUUUCCAUCCCCUGAAGAAUUGAGGCUGUUCUGGAGGCAAAGGUUGUCCGACCCAGUACUAGAUGGGUAUAACUAAUAAACUAGCCACUGAGUGUAUUAUAUAAACACAUGUAUGCAAUCUCAAUUAAAAGAGGACCAGUUAAGGGUGGUACAGUAUAUUAUGCAUUUGAGAAUUUUAUUUAUUUAUUGAAGCUGCUGAAAGCAUUUAUACUAUACAAGUACAUGAACUUAUGCAUGCACAAAACACACAGACACACACACACUUGUCAAAUGUUUACUCCCCAUGCCCAAAGUACACAUACACAAACUUUUCAAAUGUUUACUCCCCAUGCCCAAAGUACACAUACACAAACUUUUCAAAUGUUUACUCCCAUGUUCACACACACAUGCAAUCUCAUAAACACACACACACACACACACACACACACACACACACACACACACACACACACACACACACACACACACACACACACACACACACACACACACAAAAUACAUUUUCUUGUCUCAGUGGUAGUAGCUGGUGCAUUGUUAAAUGUUAAGUGAUGAUCUGAUCUGACAGGAGUGUAAUGUCAGUGUUGAACGAAAGCCAGAUGAAUGUUGCUACGGUCUGUUUAUUAUGGUCUGAGUUAUGAUGUCACCUACACCUUAGGUGCAUGGUAAAUAAACAAACAAACAAACAAAGGGCAGGCCCUAGUACUGGUCUGGGUCAUGUUCAUUACAGCACGCAAUGGAAAACAUUUUGCAAUAGAAACUAAAAUAAUAAUUUCUUAUUGGACAAGAACAGAUAGUCCCCUCCAUGUUUCAGUCCAUUUCUUAAAUGUGGUGCCUAAUGAACACAACCCUGGUGUGUUAAAGGCAGGUGGUAUAAGACAAUGGUGCCCUGCCUGUGCCCUGGAUAUUUGUCCAUCCUCUUACAGUCUCAUUGAUGUCUUGUGUUUUAUUCUGUACUGUAUAUUCUUAUUGUAACCGGGAUAGAAGCCUCUACUCCUGUAUUUUUCGUGUGCAACUCUUAACUCCAAGAAACAAAAAAAACAUUUUGAAAAAUGGUCUUGGAAAAGUGGCCAUAUGUUUUCAAAUCUCACUUGAUUUAUUCCAUCCCUAAAACAUUCUACUCAUGUCAUGAAAAUAAUAUAAUUUUGUGCCAUGGGUUUUAGUUGUUGUUAUCACAUAUGAACUAAGGGAUAUGUACAUUUUUUGUAAUCGUAACAAUACAUUUUGAAAUGAAUGGAUGAGCAGAUCUAAGUUUAAAUAAUUUGUCACCAGGUGGGGCUGAGGGUCUCCUGUAGGGUCAUAUCCAUGUUGUCAGUAAACAAACAAUGCACUGAUGUUUAUCAUAGCUCUAUAAGGAGUAUAAUAUCUCACUAAAUACCCACUUCUGUUGGUGAAUACCUUUGUCAAAGAGAAACUUUGAGAGGAAGUCACCAUUAAACUUGACUGCACUGUAUGGCAUGCAUGAACACAACACACACACACACCUACUUUGGCUCUGUUGUUAUACACACAAUUGUGAGAGACUCUUAGUGAAUGUUCCCUGGUUCACUGUGAGUGAAGGGUCGUAAGGUAAUUCAUCAAAAUUGAUAAAAGGUAGGCUAAAGAGUUAAAUUUAAGACAUUGGUGUUUAACUUGAAUGUAUUUGUCUUGCUAUAAAUGGAUGUAUCCAACCAAUGCAUUUUACUGUAAAGCAAUAAUCAUCAAAGGAUUUCAAAAUAUUUAUGUAUAUUGUUAAAUGAAUCAUGAUUAUCUACGAGAUGGAUGAGCUGGAUGACACAUUAAAUAAUAGUGUUGAUACAUGCCUACUUUUCUCUUUAAAAUUGCUUUCUUUGAUCCUACAAUGUGUACUUAUACUGAACAAAAAUAUAAAUACAACAUGUAAAGUGUUGGUCCCAUGUUUCAUUUGCUGAAAUAAAAGAUACCAGAAAUGUUCCAUA